AUAGGGAUGGGGACUAUGGGGCUGGGGGCUAUAAGGACAAAGGACUGUGGGGCGGGGGGCUACAGGGACAAAGGACUGUGGGGCGGGGGGCCCUGGGGACCGGGAGCCGUGGGGCGGGGGUCUCUGGGGCGGGGAGCAGGGGGCAGGGGGCAGGGGGUAGGAGGAGCCGGGGGGCCGUGCAGGCGGGUCCGGUCCCCGCGGCCCCGCCGCCGGUGUCCCCCCGCCUCACCCGCGGCGCGGCCCCGCCCGGGCGCUGCGCACUGCGCUCCUCCGGCCGGCAGGGGGCGGCAGCGCGGCGGGGCGGGGCUGGCGGGGGCGGGUCGCGGAGGGGCGGGGCUGGCGGCGGCGCGCGGCGGGCGGGCAGGCGGCGAUGGCGUACGACGAGCGGCUGGCCCGCUUUCGCCAGGCCCACCUCAACCCCUUCAACAAGGCCCCCGAGCAGCAGGAGCGGCCCGACGGGGGGGCCCCCGCCCCAGGUGGGUGCUGACCCCCCCCACCCUCUACCUGCCCCACGGCGGGGGCGGGCGGCGGUCCCAGCCCCCCCGCCCUCGGCCCGUUGCAGCCCGGCAGCCGGAGCCGUGCCCCGGGGACCCCGAGGGUGCCCUGGACCUGGGCCUGGCCGAGGACCACUUCUCCCGGCCCGUGGGCCUGAUCCUGGCGCCGGACGUACAGCAGCUGCGGCAGGCCAUCGAGGAGUGCAAGCGGGCCAUCCUGGCGCUGCCCGAGCACUCUGAGCGCCAGAAGGACGCUGUGGUGCGGCUCAUCCACCUCCGCCUCAAGCUGCAGGAGCUGAAGGACCCCAGCGAGGAUGAGCCCAACAUCCGGGUGGUCCUGGAGCAUCGCUUCUACAAGGAGAAGAGCAAGAGUGUGAAGCAGAUGUGUGACAAGUGCAGCACCAUCAUCUGGGGCCUCAUCCAGACCUGGUACACCUGCACAGGCUGCUACUACCGGUGCCACAGCAAGUGCCUGCCGCUGGUGAGCAAGCCCUGUGUGCGGGCCAAGGUCAGCCAUCAGGCUGAGUACCAGCUCAGCAUCUGCCCCGAGAGCGGGCUGGACAGCCAGGACUACCGCUGUGCCGAGUGCCGUGCCCCCGUCUCCCUCCGGGGGGUGCCCAGCGAGGCCCGGCAGUGCGACUACACCGGCCUCUACUACUGCAGCAGCUGCCACUGGAACGAUCUGGCCGUCGUGCCCGCCCGUGCCAUCCACAACUGGGACUUCGAGCCACGCAAGGUGUCACGCUGCAGCAUGCGGUACCUGGCGCUGAUGGUGUCACGGCCGGUGCUGAAGCUACGGGAGAUCAACCCGCUGCUCUUCAACUACGUGGAGGAGCUGGUAGAGAUCCGGAAGCUGCGCCAGGACAUCCUGCUCAUGAAGCCCUACUUCAUCACCUGCAAGGAGGCGAUGGAGGCGCGGCUGCUGCUGCAGCUGCAGGACCGGCAGCACUUUGUGGAGAACGAUGAGAUGUACUCGCUGCAGGACCUGAUCGACAUCGAGGCCGGGCGCCUGAGCUGCUCCCUGACAGAGAUCCACACGCUCUUUGCCAAGCACAUCAAGCUGGACUGCGAGCGCUGCCAGGCAAAGGGCUUUGUCUGCGAGCUCUGCAAGGAGGGCGACGUGCUCUUCCCCUUCGACAGCCACACCUCCGUCUGCACCGACUGCUCCGCCGUCUUCCAUCGGGACUGCUACUACGACAACUCCACCACCUGCCCCAAGUGUGCCCGGCUGAGCCUGCGCAAGCGGUCCCUCUUCCAGGACCCUGGCACAGAGGCAGAGCCCUGAGGGGGGGCCUCUGGCCCCACAGCUGCCCCACGGCUGUGUGGGGCUGGGGUGGCUCAGCGAGGCAGCUGGGACCACCUGCCCGUGGGGUCAGCAGCGCUGCGUGGGCCUGGACCCUGCGGUGGGGGGAGCCGCUGC